GUACACUCAAGACCCGCACCCACCCACGACUACUCGUGACUCAAGACUCCAACGCUCUCUCACUCGUGACUUAUUCUCAUCCGGUCGCCCGCGUCCUUGUCCACACACAACGUCGAGAGUGCGCGCCCGCUGGUCUUGACCUCGCGAUGACGCAGUCGACCAUAUCAUGCAGGGCCAGCGAGACACCGGCGAUGAGCACAUCCAGUCACAUUCACCUGCUCCAGCCGCUGCCUUGCAGGAGGGCGGCGCGGGCGAGGCUGACCACUCCCGUCAUCAGCCGAGUCAAGGGGUAGAGGCAGGUGCGGGUGCAGGUGCAGGUGCAGGUGCGGGUGCAGGUGCGGAGGCAGAGGCAGAGCAGAUGAUCCAUGCUCCCGUCUUCUUUCCCGCCAGCUACCCUUCCGCUCCGUCAGGCAGCGGCGACUCCCCUUCCACUUCCAUUGGCAUAUAUGCGCCCUACAAUCCACCACACUAUCCUAUUCAGCACGAUUCACACAUUCACUUCCUUGACCUUCCUCACCCUCCAGCUCAGGCUGCUGCGAGCCCGACAGAGCAAGAUUCUGCCGCAGCACCAAAUCCGGCGCAAUCCGUCGCCAACGGCUCAGCUGCAUCCCUUUCCGACGCUCCCACGCCCUCCACUUCGGCUUCACCCGUCGUCGAGCGUGAGAUCGAGGCGGAGGCGGAGGCGGCGGUCGAUGCAGAGCGGACUACACCGCAGACUGCGAGCAAGCGAGCCAGAGAGGCUGAGCUGGAAGCACCGAUCGCAUCGCGCGAUGAUCAGCGAUUCACGCAUGGUUACGCCCGUCUGCUGUUGCACGAGAGCGACCAAUUCAUGCAGCACCUACGACCAGGCAUCGUCUCUGCACGCCAAGUUGAGCAGUACGAGUACUUUGGCUCCGACCUGCACAAGUAUCGCUGCAAACGCAAACGAGCACGUCGUCGCGGCAAUUCGUCUGAGCUAUCCAGCGAUUCGGAUGCAUCCCGCUCCGAUUCGUCCAUCGCUUCUUCCAACGACGAGUCUGCUUGGACCUUGGAAGAGUUGGAGAGAUUGUGGCCCUCUCUAGCUCGUCACUCCAAGCAGAGACCAGACCUGAUAGCAGACGACGUGGGAAAGCCAAUCGAGCAGAUCUGCGUGCUCAUAGGUCUGCUGGAACAUCGACGAACGGCUGGUCAGGACAAUCACAGCUUGCGGCAAAGGGCUGGCACGGUGCAUCGAAGGAUGCCACAAGCUGUCGAAGUGAGCCGCGAGUGGCUCGAGGUGGAAGAGGCUCAGGCAAAGGCGAUGCACAUGCGCGAAGCUUGGCUGCUCAAUAAAUUGGCAUGCGAAGAGGCAAACGAUGCCCCUUCGAGCGGAAUGCAGCACGAUCCCGACGCACAAGUCGUCGCUGGACCUUCCAACAUCUCCUUGGCGCCCAUGAUGAUGGGAGGCGGUGGGGUAAUGAUCAGCAGCGAGGCUUCAGUGCCAGCUCAUGGCCAUGCCCAGACAACGAUGCGAGAGCUAUCCGAUGGCAUGCAUUUGCCCAUCAGCUGGGACGAGCAGGUGCGCAAUUGCUGCCUCUUUCUGCGGCACGCAUUGCAAAGGCAAGAGAAGCAGACAGUGCAUCAAGCACGGCAGCCACCUGCCAUCCACUCGAUACGCGAAGCCAUCCUGAUACUCUGCUCCACAUCUAGUGCCAUUGGCAGCUACCUCGACUUUGCCAAGACGCACCCCGUGCCGCGAUGGGAGACAAAGGCGGCGACCACACGAUACCUGCAACCCGUGCCCGAACAGAACGAGAGCUUUUGGUCCACCGCUACAGACCUUGGCCUGCUGUUCUGGACGGAUGAGCCUGUCGAAGCGUACCGGCCUAGCUCUGGUGCUCCUCAGACUGUGGCCCCACCAUCACGACGCGGAAAGCUGAGUGCGCAUCAAGCUCGCGUAGCAACGAGGCGAGAUCAGAGUCGUCGGCAAGGGAAGUACAAGGUGCGUUUUCAAGAUUCACGCAGCUUUGUAUGGUGCGAAGACGUCUUGCGCGUGGACGAGAGCGCGAGCGUACCUGCCGCGGUCAGUACUGCGCUCGCUGAGCUGAGAGCAAGCAGCUUCAUUCGCGAGCGCGCCAAACGAGGCAAUGAGACGAUGCAAACGACCCGCGAUCAAGCUCGGAUGCGAGUCAUUUCGGAUCUGUCAGUCGAGGAACUCGCGCACUUGCAGGGUUUUCCCUCGGCAAAGACACUCUCUGCGAUACGCCAUGCAGGAGAUGAUGAGAGUGGCAUUUCCGCUCAGCGAGGGAAGGGAGGACGUCCACGCAAGAGUAGGGCUCUACUUCCUGAGAAUCCUCAAAGGCCCCACAAACCUGACCUCGUGUGCGGCAUCGAUAUUGGUCACCUGCCUCGCCCACAGAGGAAACUAAUGCGAAAACGUAUCAAGAAGCGCGAAGAGCUGUACGGUCCGGCGGUUGCGCAGAAGCUCGGCCUGCUUCAUAUGCCCCAUCGAAAUUAUGACAAUGAUCUCGGCGAAGAUCUCAUUCCUCUACUUCCACCCGAGCUCCAAGAGCAGGUGCGGGCGACGGUGCAGAAGAAUCAAAGGCUGAAGAAGCUCAAAGCGGCAAGAGACGCCAGGACAAAGGUUGACAAGACUCUGAGCCACGUUAGGGGUGAAUACGUCAAUUCGGAGGGUCGCUACAUCUUUCAUGGGGCUGACUUGUCCCACAUGGACCAGAUCGAACGCAAGAGAGUGAAAGACCGAAUCCGCAAUCGCGUCAAGACCGGUAUGCCGGCACUGCUCGGUGCGGACCUCUUACUUCGCGUUCAACCUCCUCCCAGUGCGACAGAUCAGGCAUCACCUGAUCCGCAAAGCGCUUCGGGCAUGACUCCGACCGCAGACGAAGCGUACGUGCCUUUUGGGGGUACUCUCCUUCCGUCUGCCCCGACUGAGGGACAAACGAUGACCCAACCUGCAGUUCCUCAGAAUACGGUCCACGAAUCGGCUCCUACUCUUCCCAGCAUUCCGCAGAGAUGGGAGCACAUUGGUGUCUCACGAGACGACGUGCUUCGGGGUUGGAUGCUGGGCUUCGACGAGAAUGAAGCUGCGCUACAACAAGUCAACGAGUCGACAUUGCUGCGCGCUGAUGGUCUGGCGCUGCUCUGGUCCCGGCAAAAGCACAUGAAACCAAAGACGUCGGCCAACAGCACUGCUGAUGAAGCGAUGGGUGCUCGGAUGAGUGCACUGCUCUUGCCGCAUUUGACCUCGCACAUUCACGCCUUUGUCCAGCGCAUCGUGCAUCGCGUUGCCUCCACACACGUGGAAGACGACGACCUUAUCCGUCGCGAGCACGUCCAUGACGCGUUGUUGGCUCUACAGCCACCCAUGUCUACCCAGAUCCCUGGUCGAGAAGAGCUGGUGAAACACACAGCCUCCAGGCUGGCCGACGCUGCGCGCGACAACUUUGAAGCUGAUCCAGCCGUGGAUUGGUUCAGUGCUGUUCCCUACUGCGUCGCACCACACACUGAAGCGCUGAUGAACGGCAUCGACCUGCAGGGCAGCACGACCGGGUCUACUACACUGGCCGCAAGUGUCUUGUCGGCUCAAGACGUAUUCAGACAACCGAGGCUUGCCGAUGCGGUCGAACCAGAAGCGGAGGGUCACGCUCAGGGUCGAAAUGGGGAAGACGAGGCAGACAAUGUGUCGGAGUACAGUUCUUUGUACGAAGAUGAGAGCGAGGAGGAAGCGGUACGAGCGCUUCAGCGUCAUCGAUCUGGUGCCAUAGCGCUCGGGGCUGAUGAGGGCUCGGGGCGAGGAAUGCGCAAAUUAGCUAGAGAAAUGGCGCUUCAACGACGCAACGCGAUCGAGGUUGCAGCCUGGGAAGAGUUGGACUUGAAGGACAGGCAUGCUAUGCAGAAACAAGAGCAGGCGGAGUGGGCCAGGUGGUACAAUGUCGAGUUUUGUCCGCCUUUGAUUCAGAAAGAGGAUGAACCGGAUUCCACUUCUGAUGAAGCGUCGGUUUCGGAGGACGAGGCUAGCGAUGGGUCGGACGAGGAUAUGCAGGAGGCGACAGAUGAUGGGGAAGAAUCUGGUGAUGCGACGUCUGAAGCUGGAAGCGAGCUUGGACUGGAUAACGACAGCGAUGUCGAUGACGAAGACGAGGACGAGGACGAUGAUGAAGACGAAGACGAAAACGAAAAUGAAGAUGAUGGGGCGUGAUGCGAGACAUUGCAAGCUCGCUGCAUUUGACCGACGCAUGCUGAGGGUCAAGAACCCUCUACUUGUACACUACUCGCCCUUUUCGCAAUUACAUACCCCUUAGCUUCGGGA